GCAAAAUUCAUGUGCAGAUAGACAUGAAUUUUAAUGCUAUGUGCUUCAUCCUAAUGCAGCUUGCAGCAAAGUGGGUGAAGACUGUUCCUUUAAUUUUUUAUAGACUUAUGUCAUGAUUAAUACAGAAGUAUUCAAUAUUUAUUGAAGAGGCUGCUGCUGUAGUGAAUAAAAAUUGGUAGGUAAUAGUUCAAUUUCAUUAGUUUACAAAGCUUUUUCACAGCAAAAAAUCUGCUCUGUCUUCAUUUGUUAGAUCAUUAUUAUUGUUAUGUAAAAUUGAUUGUCUGGACAAAGGUAAAUCAUUGCUUCACUGAUAUUUAAAGCACAGUAAAAACAGUUGGUAAUGUAUAAAAGCUGCUCUGCCACGACCAUCUGUCAUCUGCCAUCCUUAACCUCCACUUGUAACAGCAUUAACUUUUCAUUGAAUCGCUGAUUGACUGAGUGCAGGGAAUUGGCUUUUAAUUAUGUUUAAGCUUAUCCUACUGCAUAUUGAGAAACAAUUUUAAAUACUUGUUUUGAAACUGGAAUGCAGCGUGUUUAGGCAAAUAUCGUGACAGUUCUCCCUUUUAUUUUCUAAGGACCGGAGCUCAGAUGUGUAGCUCUUGUUGACGUUUCAGUGUGUGCAGCAUUCUAAUGUCAUGUAAAUCACUUUGAAUUUCUCCAAUCAUUAUCUAUUUGGAAUGUUUUUCCAAAACAAUUUCUGUUAUUUUUCCAUUGUGUGAUGUUUUGUAUUGUAUGUUGAUGACAUUCCAGAUUGAAGCACAUUGGUGGCGUUAUAUAAAAUUACUGUGCUUGCGUUCAGUCUGGUAAUCCUGACAAAAUUGGUAUCAUGUGAUGUACCCAAUAUGACAUGUUACGCUUUUCUCCAUUACAAGAAUUCAGAAAUGCUCUUACAUGUAUUCUGCUACAAAAUAAACACUUCAAUGAUGAACCAUGAAAUUCAUACUGUAUGGAACUUGUUUCCUAUCCUAGUCAAAACAGUCCUUGCAAAUAGAUAUAUUUCCUGGCUUUUAGUAAAUGCAAAUUAAUUUUAAAACCACACAACAUAGAAGUAAAAACUCUGACUGAAGUUUUUGUUUACAUUUGCCAAGGAAAACAUUAAAGAAAUUGUAAAAAAAUUUUCAAAAAGUGCUAAGCUUUUUUGAAGCCUCCUUUUAGGUUGAAACGAAGACUUUUAUUACUGAAAAAUUACCAACUGAGAUGAGACACAGAGCUUGCAAAUCCCUGCUAGUCACCUUCCUGCCUUACAGGAAACCUUAAGCACUUUCAUUCCUGUUUUACAAUUACACGGGACACUCCAUCACUACAGAAUGUGACGAAUAAAGUGGUUCUGUUUUGAUAGCUGAGAGUAGGAAGAAAAACACAUUGUGGUUUUCUUCUGAUUUUCAGGAUGGGUGGAAAAGAGCAAUUUCUGACAAGCAAAGUGCUAUUGUGUUUCCAAAAGAGUAUUUUAAUGCUGGGUACUGAAGUGACUUUGCCGCACAGUUUGCUGCAUUGAUCUACCUCUAAGAAUUUGCUCGGAUGCUUGAGUAACUGGAUUUUCAUAGUGCUAACGACUUUCUUCUUGUCAUGAAUUGUAUUGGGGGAGAUUUAACAGCUCAUUGCAGCCCUGGGGACUCACAGCAGGCGCUGGGAGGGCUGCUUGCUUUGCACGGCACACGGCAGGGUCGUGGCUGUCGGGGCAGCGUGAGUUUGAAGGAAGCUGUAGGGAAACCGGUGAACUUGUGGCAGACAUCCCUUAGGUGUGAUCGAGUGAUAAAGGAAAUGUGGUGCCCUUCAGGAGGGUGUGUACCUAUGAGAAACAGGAAGCCGAGCAGCGGCUGCCUGCCUGCCUGCAGAGGUUGGUAGCUCCGGCGGGUGCAGGUGUGCCGACACGCCGCAGAGCCUCUUCUCUCCAGGCAUCUUGGCAGGCAGCGCUCUUCAGCAGCAACAUCUGGAAGAGGCGGGGAAGAGGGGGGGAAGAAACCCAACCCAAAGCCAAAAUACCCCCCCCCCUUAAGAAAAACAACCCUCCAGGUAGAGAAAUAUGACGGCCUUGCAGCUGAAGGAGUUGUCACAUUCAGGUCUGUACAGGAGGAGACGGGAUCGCCCUGAUAGCGUGGGACUGCCGGGGUCGCACGAAGAGAAGCUGAGCAACAUGGCCAAUGCACUUGCAAAUGCUAUCUGCGAGCGCUGCCGGGGUGGCUUUGCCCCCGCAGAGAAAAUUGUCAACAGCAACGGGGAGCUAUACCAUGAGCAGUGCUUUGUCUGUGCCCAGUGCUUCCAGCAGUUUCCCGAAGGGCUCUUCUACGAGUUUGAAGGGAGGAAGUACUGUGAACAUGAUUUUCAAAUGCUUUUUGCCCCUUGCUGCCAUCAAUGUGGUGAGUUCAUUAUUGGUCGUGUUAUUAAAGCUAUGAACAACAGCUGGCAUCCAGAGUGCUUCUGCUGUGAUAUCUGCCAACAAGUAUUGGCUGAUAUUGGAUUUGUCAAGAAUGCUGGCAGACAUCUCUGCCGUCCUUGCCAUAACAGGGAAAAAGCCAGAGGCCUGGGAAAGUACAUUUGCCAGAAGUGUCACGCCAUUAUUGACGAACAGCCUCUCAUAUUCAAAAAUGAUCCUUAUCACCCUGAUCAUUUCAACUGUGCAAACUGCGGGAAGGAACUUACUGCUGAUGCUCGUGAGUUGAAGGGAGAAUUAUACUGCUUACCCUGCCAUGACAAAAUGGGCGUUCCCAUCUGUGGGGCGUGUAGGAGACCAAUUGAGGGCCGUGUGGUGAAUGCUAUGGGCAAACAAUGGCAUGUGGAGCAUUUUGUUUGUGCAAAAUGUGAAAAGCCAUUCCUGGGUCAUCGGCAUUACGAGAGAAAAGGCUUGGCGUAUUGUGAAACCCACUACAACCAGCUAUUUGGUGAUGUUUGUUUCCAUUGCAACCGUGUGAUUGAAGGAGAUGUUGUGUCUGCUCUGAAUAAGGCAUGGUGUGUGAACUGUUUCGCUUGUUCUACUUGCAACACUAAGUUAACACUCAAGGAUAAGUUUGUUGAAAUUGAUCUAAAACCUGUCUGCAAACACUGUUAUGAGAAAAUGCCAGAUGAAUUUAAGCGACGACUUGCCAAACGGGAACGUGAAGCAAAGGAUAAAGAGAAGCAGAAAAAGAAAAAGCCAAUCUGUUUGUAAACUUUUUUUCCUUCUCACCACCAUCUCUGCUCCUUUCUUCUUUGGAAUAAAUUUGUUGAGUUUGAUAUGAAGCCUGUCUGUAAAAAGUGUUACGAGAAGUUUCCUCUAGAGCUGAAGAAAAGACUGAAGAAACUAGCUGAAACUUUGGGAAGGAAGUAAAGACUUCAUCUGCUCUCCUCCUCCUUUGUGAAAAUCCUAUAUAUAUUACCUGGGGGGAAUGGGGCUGUUUUUAGGCUGCAGUGGGGCAACAAAUGAUGAUGUAUGCCUUCUAUCGAAUGAAAUUGUCUUAAGAUUCUCUGUUUUUCUACAUGAGAACACGUAUGCUUAUUUGUUGAUAAACAGACUGUACUUCUGAACUAAAUUAAAUACCCACUCACCUGAAAGGUUUCUGACCCUGAUAAUGCAGUUGAACUGAUGCAGGUGGCCCAUUCUGCACAGCCAUCUCUGUGGAAUUUUAUAGAGAGAAUUUGCUUGUGAAUACCUGUGAAAGGGAAUUGUGCAAAUGUGUCCAACUUUAGGGGCAUGUAUUGUCAUUUACAUUGAUGAAAGUAUUAAACUUCAUAUUAAGCAUGCUAACAAAAUGUGCCCAAGUCAAGUGACUUGGGCAAGAAUCCAACAUACUUCUCCUUGUUGGAAAAACCUAUACUUGGAUUUCAGGCCAAGUUGUCUCAUUAAAGAGCCUUGUUUCAGAUGGUUUGAUCAGAUUUCUAAAUACAGUCACUGUACAAAUGACCUACUUCUUAUAGAUUAUGCUUACAUGAUGAAUCUUUGUGCAUCAGGCUUAGCAUGAAAUACCUAUAUAAAAUACGUAUUCCUAUUGCAAGAAAUGAGCAUACUCAGAACUACUUGAAUUUUGCUAUAUUCCACUCAAAAUAACACAUUAACUUUUAUAUAUGCUUUUGCAUUCUAUUUACUUUUUGUGCCUUACUCUGCUGGACCAUACAUAACAGUGUUCUAUUAAAUAUAUAUAUAUAGUUUUAUUUUUUAUUUCAUAUUUUUAUGCAGAAAUAUAUACAAGGUAUUUUCAAAAUAUAACAUACUUUGCCUUAAUUAUACAGGAUGUGAGAAAUAUUUUAUUUCAAAUGUGAACAUCUGAGCUUAAAAUUUAGCUUCUAGACUUCAUUGAUUUUCAGAACAGUACUGAAAGUGUCUAUUUCAGUGAACUGGCAAUAUUACUUUUACACCUAAGAGUGUAAAUAUACAAGGUUUGAUCCUGCUAGGAUCUACUUCUAUAGGCAUCCUCAAGAACUGAGCUCACAAAUCAUCAGAAUUCCUUAUAACAUGCAUUUAAUUGUUUUAUACUAUUGACUUCUGUCCAUGCAAAUCUGUUUUAUUUUUCCCUUUCUUAUAGAAAAUACAGUUACUUAGAACUUCUUGAUGGUACUACAUUAUGAAAUAUGCUUUUUUUUAUUAUUAUUAUUAUUUUUAUAUAUUAGUGACUUUAACAGAUUUUAUGUAAUUACAUCAUAGGAAGUAAUAUUUUCUUUCCUGUUUAUGAAAAAUUAGUUGCUUUAAAAUGCCUGCUUUCCAGUGUCCUCAAUAAAGGCUAUGUUAUUAAACCUUGUAUCACCUCUCUUAAAUGAGUGCUUGAGACGGGUGGGAAAGCA